AUGUCAACUCCUUACAAGGUCAUUCACACCACCGACGCACCUGGUGCCGUUGCGCCUUACUCGCAGGCUGUGGUGCACAACGGCGUCGCCUACGUCUCGGGCUGCAUCCCCUUCACCCCGCAGAUGAAGCUCGUCGAGGGCGGGAUUGAGGAGCAGACCGAGCAGGCGCUCAACAACCUCUUUGCCGUUGUCAAGGCCGCUGGUUCAGAGCCAUCGCACAUUCUCAAGUGCACCAUCUUUAUGAAGGACAUGAACAACUUUGAAAAGAUCAACGCUAUCUAUGAGAAGCGAUUUGCUCCUUACAAGCCCGCCCGAUCGGCUGUCGAGGUCGCCCGUCUUCCUAAGGACGUUGGCGUCGAGAUCGAGUGCAUCGCCGCUGUCAAGUCUAACCUUUAA